CCGUUUGAUAUAAUAUCAAGUUUGAAAACAGGAUCAGAAAUUUGGCGCCUUCUAGUUUUCGACCCGCACUUGUGACAUUCUUUAAGAUUUCCCCUUUAAAAGCAGCAUCAGAGGGAGUGAGAGAGAGAGAAAGAGAGAGAGACAGUGGGGUGUUUUUUUUCCCCUCUUCAAUUCAGUCCUGCUGGAGCUCUCGCUCUCUCUCUGCGGAUGCGUUCUGUGCUCCUGAAGACACUCCGCUUCAGUCUUUUGUGCUUCUGAGCUCUCGUGGGAAUCUUUAAAUGCUCGAGCUGGGAUCUGCGAAGUUCGCCGCCGGUUUCUGAUGAAGCUUUUCUCUCGCUUUUGAAUGAGGACAAGUUCCAUUGGGCCGUGCACGGUGCAGCAUGGGCUCGGGAGAAUGAACCGAUAAUAACCGGACUUUGGUGACCGAUCGUUCUUAUCUGCACUGGCGGCCGAGGUCAUGAUGUAUUCACCGAUUUGUCUAACGCAGGACGAGUUCCAUCCAUUUAUUGAGGCACUCCUUCCUCAUGUGCGCUCCAUUGCCUACACUUGGUUCAACCUGCAGGCCCGCAAGCGCAAGUACUUCAAGAAGCACGAGAAGCGCAUGUCCAAGGACGAGGAGCGCGCCGUAAAAGACGAGCUGCUGAGCGAGAAACCCGAGAUCAAGCAGAAGUGGGCAUCGCGUCUACUGGCCAAGCUGCGCAAGGACAUCCGGCAGGAGUACCGUGAGGACUUUGUGCUGAGCGUGACAGGCAAGAAGCACCCGUGCUGCGUGCUUUCCAACCCUGACCAGAAGGGCAAAAUCCGACGUAUCGACUGUCUCCGCCAGGCGGAUAAAGUGUGGCGCCUGGACCUUGUGAUGGUGAUCCUGUUCAAAGGCAUCCCGCUGGAGAGCACGGAUGGAGAGCGCUUAGUCAAAUCACCCCACUGCACCAAUCAGGCGCUCUGUGUCCAGCCGCACCACAUCACCGUGUCAGUGAAGGAGCUCGACCUCUUCCUGGCCUACUAUGUCCAGGAUCAAGACUCACAGCAGUCAGGAAGUCCCAGUAACAAUGAGCCUGGCAAGAACCCUCCAGGUUACUUGGAAGACAGUUUUAUCAAAUCAGGAGUGUUCAGCGUUUCAGAGCUGAUCAGAGUAUCCAGAACUCCUAUCACACAGGGGGCAGGGGUGAACUUCACCAUGGCAGACAUGCCCAGCCAGCCAUAUUACCAUGAUCUGAACUCAGUGAGCUUACAUCGUCCACUCUCCUCCCCUCCUGGCAGUAAACGACCUAAGACUGUUCCAGAGGACAGCAUGGAGACGAGUCCCACAGGCCCAGACUUUUACUCUUCCCCAAGCUCACCAGUUAGCCGACCAUGGCAUGAGAGAGACCAAGCUGAGAUAUCUUCUCCCACGAUGAAGAAGGCGGAGAAACCGCUUUUUAGCCCCACCUCACCACAAGACUCCUCCCCCCGCCUGACUACAUUUCCCCAGCAUCAUCACCCGAGCCUGACCAGCGUGGGUCACAGUGUGAUCUCCACGAGGAGUCCUCCCCCUCACUCUCCACUGCAGUUUUCAGCUCCUGCCAUCCUUCCUCCUGCUCCGUCACCCUACUUCUCCCAUCCUACCAUCCGUUACCCUCCGCACCUCAAUCCAGCCGACUCGCUCAAGAACUACGUUCAGCCUUACGAUCCGUCCAGCCCUCAGAGCAGCCAGCCGAACAGCAGUGGUCAGGUGGUGGGGAAGGUUCCAGGCCACUUCACCCCAGUGCUGACACCAUCGCCCCACCACGGAGCAGUCAGACCCGUCUCUCUCUCCAUGCCUGACACCAAGCCAAUCACCACAUCCUCUGAGGGUUACUCAGCCCCCGGCACCCCUACCGCUAACCGUUUUGUAGGACUGAGCCCUAGAGAGCCAGCCUUCCUCCACCAGCAACAGCUGAGGAUUUGUGACUGGCCCGUGAAUCAAAACAUCAGGUCUUAUGGCUCAGAGGAGGCUUUGGGGAUUUCUUGGCAAAGGUCUAUAGAAACAGACAAGAGGAGAGAAUGUAAUGAGCAGGACCUACCAUACAGGUCCUGGUACCUGGGCGAGCUUAAUUCCAUUCCAAGUGUCGAACGGGACUCAGAUUCUGCCAACAAAUGUCCAGAAUUACAGCAUAAACAUCAUUGGUGAGCCCCUUCUUCAGGCAGAGACAAGCAACUGAGGGGUGUAUUCGGGGGGCCAAGCCUUGACUCUGGAGUGACAGGUCCGUGGACAAACCAGCAAGCAGCACUUACACAAUCUCCACUGACUUUUGUCCCCCCCACUGAAGGACUUUACCCUAGAACAGGAGAGUGGGUUUGGGUCAAAGCUGGCACGAGCCUCUCCAUGCCAGUCAGUCAUUGUGUGAGAAGGCCCCUCAACUGACAUACUGUGAUAUUUACCAUACAAAACAAGUUUUAGAUGCCUUAAUGUUUUGCAUGACACGCUAGUCUCUUGUAGUGUUUGUUUUUUUUCUCAUUCUUUAGUCACAAUUUCUAGGCUUGGUUUUUGAGCAGGUGUAGAAGGAGAGGCACACAAGGGCUGGCUGGCUGGACUUAAAAAUUGUUUUUUUUUGUUUGUUGUUUUUGUUUUUGAAAGCAGGCUCCAAUUCUGACCUAUAAAAGAAGGCUCAACCCACAUCAUUACAUGUCCAUAGGAACAAAAUUCAGCAAUUUAGACUUUUGGUUUGUAUGUUUGCCUUCUAAAUUUCAUUUUUUUCCAUGAUGAAAAGGCACCUUUCGGUAUCUGUAAUCUUGUCAAUCUUGGAUUUGUAUUUCCUUUAGAGCUAAAGGUUAAUAUCUACUCUUACGAGUUAAGAACUCAGAAUUUAUAUCGUAUAAAAAAAAAAAACCUGUAUUACUAGGUUAGAAAACAACCCCAGUGAAUUUCGCUGUUGUAUCCUUUACAAAGGAUUUUCAAAAAAUGGAAAAAAAAGAAAAUAUGUCAUAUGAGGCAAGUGCAAUUCAAAUGAUUUUUUUUAACUGAAGGGAAGCUAUCAUAGUCUGUGUGCCCUAGGACUCUAAAGGAAGGGGAGUAACUGUUUUAAGUUCACUUUGAAAUGAAAAAAAAAAAAAAGAUUAAUUGCAUCCUCAAAUAUGAACAUGGCGGAAAGUCAAGUAGUAAGAAGUGUGAUUGACAGUAAACGUUUACCUGUGCAGAACUGAACACGAACAAAACAGCACUUAUCUUGAGCCGUACCCAAGCACUCGGGUAGUUUUCUUUCUCUUUUUUUUUUCUUUAAUUUAUUAUGUGAAAUGACAAACAGAAACUUAAAAAAGGUGAAAAGACACAAACACACAGCGUGUAUAAAAUGGCUUCUUCUUUUUUUUUUUUUUUUUUAUGUAAUCCCUACCUAUCUAGUGUGCAUUUUCAUUUGGGCCAUUAGCUUGUAAAGCUACUGUUUACAUUGUGAUAUUACAAGAAACACAAGAAACGCAGGCUGGUGAAGUAAUUUAAGAGAAAAAGUGUGUGUGUGUGUGUGUGUGUGUUUGUUAUGUGUUAAAUCUGCACUCAGUUAAACACUAACCUGCAGGGUGAGGCUAGGUCUCAUGGUGCUUCUUUUAUGCCCACUUUGGUGAAUCUCGAGAGUCGUAGUCCCGUUAAUCUCUAAUUGUUCACGGCAGUCCCAAUGCCAUCGCCUCUCCAAUCAGAUAUAUUUAUAUAACUAAUCUUUCCAAUAAUCUUAAUUUGCACGAAUAUAUAUAGUCCACAUUACGUGCCUUGCCUUUGAAUAUAGAGAACAUCACUACACUUGUUUUUGCUGCAUUUAUUACCAUUUUAGAAAAAAAAAGUAACAUUUUUAUGAUAAGAAAUAUUUUGUACUCUGGAUGAAAUUGUGUCAUUGUUGAUUUUUAGCUUCAUUUACUACUUUAUCUCACAUUUACAGUGCAUAUCAAGGCUGUGUAUAGUUGCUGUCCUAAAGUUUAUAAUCAAACAGCAUUAUUUUUCAGUAUUUUGGUAUUUUAUUUUAUUUUAUUUUUUUUUUGGUUGUUUGUUUGUUUGUUUUUUUCAUCUUCCAGUCAUUAUUGGGGAGGGAGGGGUCCAGAAUUAUAAGAAUUAUGCAAUACCAAGUUUUGCCUAUGUAGGUAGUGCUUUUAGCUAUGUCCAUUAGAAGCUAGUACGGAGAUACAACUAGUGUAAACAUUUAUUUUGUUGAUGUUGUCAUUGAUAAUGUUGUUGCUGAUGUUUUGUGAUUUUUUUUUGUUGUUGUUUUUUUUUUAAUUGACCAAAGUGGGAACUGCUUUCUAUGCAGUGUGUGAUAAGGUCUUUUUUUUUUUUUUUUUUUUUUUAAAUUGAGUGUACGGAAAGAUGGAGAGGCACAUGCAAGGAUAGUUUUGUUUUGCUUACUCCGUGAGGGGAAUUAUGUUUUUUGACCAUGCAUCCUUUGGUCUAACAUGGCUGCAGAGUCACUGGUCUGCCUACUGUCACUAACUGACUUCUUUUUUUUUCCCUUAACAUCAACACUGGGGUGCUAGCAUGACUCCUGAAAAUGGCUAAUUUCAGAGGAGAAAAAGCUUGACUUGAGGCUGACAAUCAGCAUGGAAAUUUCUAGAAUUGGAGUUUGAACGUACACAGUUGUGUCGAAAACAUUACGGUACACAAUGUAAUUCAUCCCCAGUUCAGUUAGAUUAAUCCUGGAUGUUAUCCAACACUCUGCACAUUGCCAGUGAACUCACUCAGUCAACACACAGCGUCUUUGAUCACAACCCAUCGAUCUGUCAGUACUGUAUCUCGAUAGCUGUGAAGACGAAUCUUCAGCAUUGGUUCUGCAUAUUAUCAUUAGCAAUAUGCAAGUACAAAAGAUGCCUUAAAUUUUUAUGGAAAAAAAAUAAGUGGCUUGUUAUGAAAUGCAUUACAAUCACCACGCUGUACGUGCGUGUUAAAACUUCUUACAAUCAGAAAAAGAAUCUGGAAACGAUAUCCACUUAUUGUUUCUUAUCUCGGAGAUGUUUCCAGGUUUAGCCUUACGAGGAUGUCAGUCAGGUUCGGGGGCACAGUAUGAACUCACAAUCCAUUUUCUCUUCAGAGGAAGGGCCUUACGCAGUCUCCGUUAGGUCUGGAGGACCACUGCGAUUUAAACGCUGAGCACUUAUACAGCAUCUAGGCAAUCAUCCACCUCCAGUGCCCUUUCAAAACAACAAUUUCACUGUAACUGUAAGACAGUAACUCAGGCAUAAUGCAUAAUGUCACAGAGCGUUCUAUCCAUAUCACUCACAAGAUUAACUCUUUCGAACAAAAAGACAUUCAGGAUUUCUUUCAACAUUUCUGCUGUUUGUACUAUUUAACAGCUGUGUUCUUUUACAGCAGACCUGAAAUUGUUCUAGAUCUUUGUCUAAACAUGUCCUCGAAAAAGUCAAAAGACAAAAAAAAAAAGACAAAAAAAAACGUUGGGUAGAAAAACUCAAGUCAAGCUCAAUCUUUCCUCUUUCAUAAACACACUUGUUCUUAUUGUGCAGUAAAAAAAUAGCAAAAUGAAGCCACCCCAUUUUUAUGUGCACUGCUGUCCCUGUUUUUUGUUUUUUUCUUUUUCAUUGUUACUGGAUUUCAGAAAGUUGAAAGUCAAAGUGCUUUGCAGCCAUUUUAGCCAUUAGCCAUGCCACUGAAGUGCAUUUCCCCCCAGACUGAUGGCAGUGUCGGGGUCAUAGGAUCGGCGUCGUGGUUGUAGCCGUGUUUAAACAGUGAAGACGGCUGUAGGAAUGGGGCACCGUGUAGGCCAUGCUGAGCAGCGUCUGCUCUGGCAGCUCUGUAGAAACGUUUGUUCCUCAGCUCGAGCGUGUGGGACGCUGACAUGACCAGAGACAAGUGAAUGAGCCUCUUUUUGUUCAAUAGCCUGCCUUCUGGUCAAAAGUUUGUACACUGUAAUUUUUGUUUUCUUCAGCCUUACUUGGAAAGCGCGAACGCUUUUAAAAUGUAGAAACGAAUUUGCUUCCCCAUCGUUUGGAAUUGUAAAAAUAAGCCACAACAACAAGAAGAACAAGAACAAAAUCAUUUAGAAUCGGAAAUAAACUUUUUAAGACAUAUACAGUUAUUAAAUGUAAAUGUAAAGUAAACAUUUUUGUUGUUGUUUGUUUUUUUCCGUUUUUUUUUUUUUUUUUUUUUUUUUUUUGGUUAGUGUGAGACCUAGAGGUUGUGAUGUGGAUAUGUGUCAUAAAAAAAAAAAUAAUAGGAAAAGAAAGGAUGGCAUUUCAUGUUGCGAUGGGUAAUAUUUUAUUCUCUCCCAAUAAUUUUUAAAGCCACCUGAUUUGAUGUCAUCUUCAGUGAGUCCUAGCACUAGUCAUAGCAAUAUUCUCACUGUGCAUAUCGUCCAUUAAGGUUCCAUGUUGCUCUGCUAGCUGGGUGGUUUGUGUUGGAAGCGAGUGUGUGCUAGAGUGUGUGUCUGGCUGACUCCGACUCCACACGUAAGGAAAAAAUGAGGGUCUUUCUAUUCAAAUGCCUUGUAGACAAAAGUUUGUACACUGUAUUUUUUUUCUUUACCCUUAUUUGUAAAAAGCUAAAUUUAUGAACUUAAUGAAUUUGCUUAAUAUGAAAUUUUAUUUUUUAAAAAUAAAAAAGAAGACUCUAAUCUACAAGAAAACUUUCUGGAAUCUGGACUCAAGGUACAAGGAACCCGAGCUGGCCGUACAAAUAAGAAUGAGUUUUCUCUGAAUUUGUUAGAUUUUGUUGUAGAGGUAAAGUCCUAUGUUGGCGUGUAAAUGUUUAAAAGUAAAUGAUGAAGGUCGUUUCAUUGUGCUUCAUGUAGAUUAACCUGACUAGUAGUUUCUGUUCGACUGUGUGGAAAAAAAAGGAAAAGUUUUUGCUGAUUCGGGCCAUACGGGGAAAUCGUCGUCCCUUUAAAACGGCACCUGAUUCGAGUGUGUUGUCAGCGAUUACCAGGGUAAUGUUGUUAAUGACAUGUUAUUCUGCUGUCUUUACCCACAAUGCAGUGAAGCCAUUCGGUUUCUGAUGCGUCCCGGGCUGAAGCGUGUUCCUUUCACAGUAUUUGCGUGUUCACUGUGGGCUGUGAUUGUCAUGUUAAGUAAGCAACGUUAAUCAACUUCAUCUUGUAGUUAGGAUAAAAAAAAGUCAGUACUGGGACAACACAAACUCCCAGGAGCCUUUGCGCAGCCCCACAGAUAUCCUUUUAUGUCAUUAGCACAGAGGAGAGUUUGGCAAACAGCUGAGCAUUUGCACUUUCCGCAGUUCCCACUAUCCCUCUCACUGGCGCCUUGUUUUGGUGGACGGUUCGUGCGUAUCGUCAGAGUUUCGAGCCUGAACACUUUCAUCUGAUCUCUCUGAUUGUGGUCACUGUGUCGCUCCCCACAGCACACACUGAUCUGAGGCUCAUGAGAGGAGUUCUGGUCAAUUUCUACCUUUUUUGUGUCUCGGUAGUGAUUUUGAGUUUAGAUUUGUUUUUCAUUCCUUUUCAAAGGGCUGAUUAUUAUUAUUAUUGAAUUUCUUUUUAUCUUUCUUUUUUUUUUAAAAAAAAAUAAAAAAUCAGUUUGUUGUCAAGAAGUCAGAUUUUCAUAGCAGUACACGUAUUACAUUAUAUGAGACGAUGGCCUGGUUAAAGUUAAGUAUUACAUGUAGAGUUAGUUAUGAAAGCCAUGCUCAUGGACACUGAGAAGGCCACAAGUAUGUUCCUUAUGCAAGGAGGCGCUUGUGGCUCUCACGCAAUAUCUUUAUUUAGUUCACCUGAAUAUGGAGAGAACCUUUCAGUCCAUUACUUCAGUUCUGUUUUCCAAGGGCAUUUCCAAUGGCAUGAAUGAACAUCAGGUAGACAUAAACAGGAACAUAUUAAACAAACCAGCAUAUUUUGAGAUGUUUACCAAAAAAAAAAGACAAAAAAAGACAAAAAAAAAAUAUAUACAGUAUAUAUAUGUUAAGCAGUGCCUGUUCCAGCUCACAGUCUCAGUGGACUUCACAUUGUACAUAUAAAAAACAUAACAAAACAAAAACAAACAAAAAAAAAAAAACAACACUGAUUGAAAUUUCUUUGGGAAAAAAAAUAGAAAUGUAGAAAAAAACAGUCGAAACAGAAUGUGUGGGUUGCUUUUUCCUGUAUUUUUAUCUUAUUAUGUUUUCUCUCCCCCCCACCCCCAGAUUUUAUGUGACGUGUCCGUUUUAAGUGUUUUUGUGCUCUGUUCAUUUUUGAAUAUUUUAGUCCUAUUGAAUGGAGUGCCCUGGUCUCGCGAUAUUUCUUUCAUGAGAUUAAAUAGAUAGUCGGGCAGUGUGUUUCUUUAGAUUGUCGAUGCUACACUUAGAACUACAGUAGAUGAAAAAAAAAAAGUCAGUUAUAUAAAAAAAUUAAAAAACAUGCUUGCCAGCUCCACAGCAGGGUUGAAUUCUUUCAGGUCUUGUGGCACUUUUACACCCUUUUCAAAAUGGCAUUUUUUUUUCUUUUCUUUCCUUUCUUGUCUUUUCUUAUUUUUUUCUUUUUUGAGCCAUGCAUUUGUGACAUGACAUCAACAACACUAACAAAUGUUUUAAGGUUGUAUCAGCCUUUAGUGAAUGUACUAACACCAUAGAUGUAUGCAAAAGCUGAAUGUACAUCUUAUAAUACUUUAAAGACUUGUUUUAGUCACCGUUCGGGGAAAUGCAGGUAUCCUUCAAGAGGUUGUACAGUGAAGGUCUUGUUGUUGUUGUUUUUCUUAAUUUCUUCAUUUUUUUCCCCCGUUUUUAAAGCUAAACAGUAGGCAUUGCCUUUAAGCUAACUGCAUUUGAUGUAGGGAAUAAAAUUGCCACAAGAUGAAAAAUGAGUGUAAAUAAUGCUUGACUUUUUUGUGAUUGUUACUGUUAUAUCCAGCCUAUACUGCUAGCAGCUGUUUUUACUGCAGUCAAUUACUGGAAGUGGAUAUAUUUCCUAUGCAAAACUGUUUAAACAAUAAAACAAGCUAUGCUACAAAA